AUGGCCCUGAGGAGACCUCUCUGGUUCAAGGCGAGCUGGAAUCGGCUGCCUGCCGCGAGCCCGUCUCGGACAGACAGCCCGGUCCGACGUGCCGGUUCCAACUCCAAACUCCUCAGCCGGGCACAACCUCGACAACGACGACAUCUGGCCUCCCAUGCACCAACGGCUGCCGCGACACCUCCUCACCAGCAUCACCUCGCCGGAUUGAUGCCCCCUCGUCAACGCACAGAGCUUGACCGCGUGUUGAGUGCGGUGCAAACCCAGGGUCCUGAGCUGCUGCGCAAGGCAUUUCUCCAAUGGACCAGAAUCCUCGGCAACACCAGCUCGCCCCUCAACGACGCUGCUGUCAGGCAGGCGCAGGAGCUCCCGGGCCCAUCAUUCUCCGAGAUACUACGCAGCAUUGACCCUCUGCUGGCGCCAAGACAACACGAUGUCGCCCAUGGGCUCAACCUGACGCAAGGCCUGACCGAGCUUACCGACGCCGGCAAGUGGCUCGACGAGUUUGGAGUCCGCAAUAACCAUGUCCAGGUGCUACGCGGCAUCAAGGUGCUCGUGGAAGUUCGCAAGCGCUCACGCCACGGCCUGACACCAGCUGACUUUGACGUCUUUCUGCGAUGUGCUGGCGCUGCCGUCGAUUACCAGGCAGCCAAGCGCUUCUGGGCCACCAUGCCUGCCUUGGGCCUACAAGAUUCCCGAACCUCCAGGACCUGGACGGAAUUCAUCAAGUCUCGCUUCAUGAUCGAACCCACCUACUAUCAAUGGGACCGCUCACGUGUGGCCGUCAUGGCCCGAGACCUGUACAGAAACCGCGCUCCUCUUCCCAUGGCCAAGUUGAAGCGCUUGGACAGCCUGAGACACUGUAUCAACGCGUUCAAGAAGGAGCCCUGGAACCGAAGGCGAGAUGAACCGGACGAGGAUAUGCGACGCCUGUUCCGUCGACGAAUUGAUUACCGCGGCUACAGGGGCCACUGGAUCCGGGCCUUGUUCUACGGCCACGACGUGGACGAAGAGCUCCUCUGCGCAUCUCUCGUGGCCUUUGCCCGAUCCAGCUCCCUGCAUUCGAUCAAGACCCUGAUUCUCAAAAACUACUACGGCAUCAUCAUCGAGGAAGACGCCGAAUCCAACCCCGGCAUCCCCCAGAUUUCAGGCGGAGUCGACCUCCCUCCACACUCACCCAUCAAGCCCACCGCCAGGUUCCUCCAUGCCGUCGUAGAAGCGUUUGGUUCCAUGUCACACAUCCCCCUGGGCAUGAAGCUCCUCGACUUUGUCUCGCGACGAUACAAUGUCCCCAUCCGCCACGAAACAUGGUCCAAUCUCCUCAACUGGACCUACCUCUGCGCCUCCAAGCCCUUCAGGUCCAUGAGGAAAAUCCACGGAGACUUCCCAUCCACGGCCACGUCCAGCGCCGACGUCCGAGAAGUCUGGAAGGUCAUGACGUCCCCGCCAUACAAUGUCACCCCGUCAUUCGACGACUACGACAUCUACAUCAAGACGCUCCUCGCGCAGCGCUCCUUCGGCCGCGCCCUCACCCUGGUAAGAAACGACAUCCUGCCCUUCUACGAAGCUGCCGUCAGCGACCACGAACUCGCCAUCCAGGACGAAAUCUUGCAAAAUGAUCUCGGGCCCUCCCCUCAGGCCACCCACCGUCGCCACCAGGCAGAAGUGUACAGGGACUACGUGUACCACCGCAUCUCGGGCUGGUUCUACAAGCUCCUCAAAACCGCCUCCUCAAACAAGGGACAUCGCGACGGACCCGUCAUGAGAACCAUGAUACCAGACCUCUUGGUCGAGUUCGCCGAUUUCUUCCCCCAUCGGAUCCGGUACCGUACUGCCCAGGGCAUCGUGAGAAUUGACCGCCCAGAAGCCAUUCGCCGCUUCGAGUGGACCCGAGACUGGCGGGAGACGUUGGCGCAGAAAAAGGCUGGUAUCCACGUUCGCGACAUAGACGGCGCCGACGAGCCCGACUUUGCGUAUCCCGAGGCGCCUGUCCUCAGGGUGCUGGAGUCGCGGCGCACCCCUCGGAGGAGAAUGGCCAGGCUGGGGAUGGCGCCCGAGAAUGCGAACUCAACAGCGUGGUGGCAUCAGCUCGAGGAGGAGCUUGUCCUGUAA